UAACUUUGAAUGCCGCACCAAAAGUGACACAGUGCUCCGGACAAAGUUUAGACUGUCAACAAACUGGAACAUGUUCUCGCCAUGUUCACACACGUUUCGGCUGGCUUAUAUAAACUAGUUUUUCCACAGCAAAUGUGUGUCUGCUUAGAGUGUCAGAGGACAGAGAGAUAUGCUGAAUGUCGGGCGUUUUAAAUAAAGCAGAGGACAGACAUGGAAACCUGCGUUAUGUCGGCGCUGGACAGACCCGCGGCGGAGCUGACCGUUAUGGAUGUGUACGACAUAGCGGCGGUGCUCGGACAGGAGUUUGAGCGGAUUAUCGACCGGUUUGGGUGCGAGUCUCUGGUCGGUGUGGUGCCCAAAGUGGUGCGGGUCCUCGAGCUGCUGGAGGCGCUGGUGAGCCGCGGAGCUGCCGCACAGGAGGCCGAGGAGCUGCGAAGGGAGCUGGAUCGACUGCGGCAGGAGCGGAGCGACAGAUACAAGCAGGAGAGGAAGCACCAGAAGGAGUUGGAGCUGGUGGAGGAUGUGUGGAGAGGAGAAGUCCAGGACCUGCUCUCUCAAAUCACUCAGCUUCAGGCAGAGAACAAGAGGUUGUUAUUGAGUCUCCCUCUCAAGGAGUCCCCCGUCACAGAGGAAGACCUGCAGAAACAUGAGGGAAUGUCAGAGAAAGAGAAGCAGCUGAUGAAGAAGCUGAAAGACCUGGUGGAUAAGCAGAGGGAUGAAAUCCAGGCGAAAGACCACGAGCUGACACUAAAAAACGAAGAUAUUGAGGCGCUCCAGAUGCAGCAGCAUCGGUUGAUAAGAAUCAAUCAGGACCUUCGUCACAGGAUGGGAGUGAUGGAGGCUCAGGGCAAGGCUCUGAUCCAGCAGAGGGCCGAGCUGGAAGCUGCAGCCCAGGCGCACCAGCAGGAGCUGGGGGCUCUGCAGCUGGAGGUCACAAAGCUGAGAAAGGAGCUCCGGGGGUGGGAACUGGAGAGAGAGGUCACUAACAUAGAAGAAAGCACUCUAACCACAUCUGGAAUUUCAUCAACUACGUCACUACAGAUGACGUCCUCUGCAGCACCAUCUAACUCCACCAUGAAACCAAAUUCAGUGUGGGUGGAGUGUGGAGGAGACCCUGGUUUCCUGGCCAACUGCUUUGAAUGUGACAAGAGUCCUUCCCUUCUCCCAGGGUCAUCAAAGGAAGAAAACAAUGGAGAAGAGGAUGACAGUGAUGAAGACACGGCAGCAUUGUUUCUGAAGGUGUCAACCGAUACAGAGCCAGGAGAGGAGACAGACAGCCUGGAGGAAGAGUCAGACAAACCUCGCUUCACCCUGCAGGAGCUGCGGGACGUCCUGCAGGAGAGGAAUGAACUCAAGGCCCAAGUGUUCAUGCUACAGGAAGAGCUGGCAUAUUACAGAAGUGAGGAGUUUGAGGAUGAUGUCAGCUCCAUCGUUUGUGCUCCAUCUCCUCCACCAUGCUCCGUUUCCACAUCAGAAUCAGGAAUUAGACGCUUGAUCUUCACCGCCAUAAUGCCGAUGGUGGCAGCUGGUUUGAUUUCAGACGACCCCACGUUGUUGCCAAUCAGAAGACUUGUUUCCUCUGUAUGACCUUGUGUUUAAAUUCUUCAUAUACGACACCAUGUCAACACCAGUUUGUUUCUCUCAACACAGUUUGUCAAAAGAUUUACAACAAUUGGUUUAAGGGCUGCAUUACUAGGUCAUUUUAAACUAAAACUGUAUGGUGUUUAUACACUUGAAACUGACGAACGAACCACUGUUAUCUUUAGUGGUGUCUACUUCUACAUUGGUAGUAUUUUAGCUAACUUGGUAAGAGCUUUAAAGGUACGGCGUGUAAAAUAUGGCCACCUGUCAAAGGUUGCUCUAACAAAUAGGGCGCAGCAUAUCACGAGUGUAACCUCUCACUGCUGCUCACUAUGCUCUUUGCUGUAGCUUUCUAUGGCAGUAGCUACGAGCUGCUGUUAGCUGGGUAGUGGUCAUAUAAGCUGACUGGAGUCUAUCCCAAAUGAGAGCUCAUAGCACCAGGGGAUUAUUGGUGUUUACACCGUGGCCAACGGAUCCAGGCUCAGCAGCCUCCCAGUGAACACAGCCAGAACUGGACCAAACACAGCCUAAGAGACCAACCAAGGCCAGUUUGACACCAGAGGGAAACAGAGCCAAGGAUGAUCAGCAGCUCUGACCAGGACUCUGACAAAGACAUAGCAGGGGGGCACAGGAUAGGCGUGAGGCGGGACAAGAGCACGUGGAAGGUUGGGCAUCUGUAGCGAUGUCUAGAGCUGGAAUAUUUUCACAUCUACUCUGAGAAUUAAUAGUUUAUUUUGACCAAACCAGAGCAGGUGGGCGAUGUAACACUGGAAGGACAGGACGGAUUUGGUGUGUUUUGUUUAGUUUUAGGUUAGAGUGUUUUAUGAUGAGUUAACUUGGCAGUUAAACUAAUUUUAGUUAAGCAAAAGAGAGAAACUUGAAUUCAGAAUGUGUACGGUUUUAAUGAUCUGUUUAAUAAGGAAAGUAGGUGUAAGAAUAUUUCCUUUCUUGGCAUUUUGUGAGGUUAUUUUGUUUAUUAGACUAAAAAAGCAAAGAGAGCCUGUGAAACGUAGCAAACUCGCCACUUGUUACCCAUCUAAAGCUAUACUAUUGGACUAUCGCCUCUGGAGGAACAGAGUGGUAUUACAAGAAAGGAUGGCCCUGCGCUGGCUUGUUAGCAUGCAAACUUAAAAAGGUAUCUCUGCAAAACAAGAAACAGACAUCUCAGAACUAAUACGUCUUUUUAAUCUGUUGAUAACAUUCAUAUUUAACCCCACCCCACCCCCCACCCUAAAGAACACGGUGGACACAGAUCCAUUAAAACUGAUUACAAUAAAAAUAGAAUAGAUACAAAUGCAAUAGACAAAUACAUACACAUGCAUACACGCACACAUACCCAUAUACACACAUGUGUACACAUACAUAUAUAUAUACAUAUGCACAUAUACAUAUACACAUAAACAAACAUACAAGCUAUGCACUAAGCAAGAAGUGAUUCACAUAGAUACAAUCACCAUCACAAAAGCAUAUGGGGGAGAUGGCCACCACACGUUAAUUAAGUGGGCACAGUUUUAAGUUUAUCUAAAUGCAUCAGUACUGGAUCCCAGACAGAGAAGAAUUUGUCCUUGGAUCCCCUGACAGUAUAUUUUAUUUUCUCUAAUUGUAUGAAUUGUGCUACAGCGCUAAACCAAUAAGUUAGUUAAGUUAUAAGUAGUAUUCUUCUACGUGCAAGCAAUGUCGUAAAAGCAAUUAUGUUUUUAUAACUUUUCCUUCUGUGACACCAAAUAUGGCCAUAGUUGGUUCAAGAAUGAUAUUCAGUGCUUCUUACAGAACUUUAAAGAGGGAAGACCAAUAGGUUGCCAGGGCUGGACAUGACCAAAACAUAUGUGUCAGGUCAGCUGGAGCGUUUUGACACUUGUCGCAGGUUGCAUCUGUGUUAGGAUAUAUUUUAGCCAGUCUUACUUUGGAGUAGUGGAUGCGAUGUAUAUAAUGCUCAGUUUAGCACAGGAAGUGCUGUUGUUCACUCUUAGUAGAGCGCUCUCCCAAGUGCCAUCUUCCAAAUCCUCCCCCAUCUCAUCUGCCCAUUCCUGCCCUGAUCUUUGCCAGUGUUAUGCUUUUAAAGGAGGCUAUACAUUCACCAAUUCUUAAGAUAAGUCUUUUCCAAUGGAAAUGGAAUUUUUAACAAUUCAUCUAAACCAGAGGGCGAUGACAUGUUGGGAUCAUGAUGUUGAAGGAAGUGGCAGACUUGGAAAUAACGGAAUAAGCUAGAAUGAGGGAGGCCACAUUUUUUUAAUGUUUUAAACGAAAAUUCUGGCCAUGUCUUACACAUUGUACCUUUAAAUGAAGCUUAGUCAUUAAAAUGGGAGACAACUGGCCAAGCCUUGGCACUCUUAUGUGUAUUUAUGAGCUCUCAGGGUUUUGCGGCUCAAUGAAAAGUCAUCACCUGUCAGUGUAUUGCUUUAUGUAAGCUGUGCUUCAUUCGUUGUAAUGCUGAUGAAUUGUUAAAUAACUUAGCGCCCAGGUUUCUUACUACUUUGGUACAUCCAAAUACCAAAAUAGUAUCACUGUGCUACAUAGUGUGCAAGAUUUGUUAACCAGUUUGGCAAGUUGCGUCAGUAAUACAGUAAGGAGUAUGAACUGAAUUUUCACAAGCACUUUCACGUUCCUUAGCAGACUGUCUCAUUUAUGUUUGGGUGUAUCCAAUGGAAAAUUAUUGUUUAGGUGCCUGAGCCUGGUUUCAAGGUGCAGUAAAUGAGCUGGACGAUCAUGUUUCUCUGUUUUCCACUAAGAGACUGAGAGAGAGAAGCGCCAGCAGCUUAUAGCCAGUACUAAGUCAUCUCCUGAGCUGAUGUUACUGUAUACUUGCAGCACUACAGUCUGGCACCAAACUGUCGUUUACACAAGUACAAUCAUAUUAGUAAAAACACUAGAAGAUCCAACAAUGGUUCCUGUAAAUAAACACCAUAACAACCAACAUGUGCUGGGUUGCAUCUGUAAAGUAAUGCUUGUGCAUAAAUAAAAGUGAAG